ACUAAAACGAGAACAUGCCUCCAAAAGCUUCAGGAAAAGCUGCCAAAAAAGCCGGCAAGGCUAAAGCCGUCAGAGCUGGCGACAAGAAAAGAAGACGUAAACGAAAGGAGAGCUACAGCAUCUACAUCUACAAGGUGUUGAAGCAAGUUCACCCAGACACUGGUAUCUCCAGCAGAGCCAUGGGAAUCAUGAACAGCUUCGUCAACGAUAUCUUCGAACGUAUUGCCGGUGAAGCAUCUCGUCUUGCUCACUACAACAAGAAAUCCACCAUCACCAGCAGGGAAGUCCAAACCGCCGUUCGUCUUUUGCUGCCCGGUGAAUUGGCCAAGCAUGCUGUCUCUGAAGGCACCAAGGCUGUCACCAAGUACACCAGCUCCAAGUAAACAAGUCAUCUUAGCGAAAUUUCAAACCAAACGGCUCUUUUCAGAGCCACAAA